CUCUAGUGAAGGGCACUUAUUCUAACAAUUGGUUUAAACCAAAAUCGUGUUCUCGGGCGAGGAGGACAGGGAAUUGUUUACAAAGGAAUGUUGGAAGACGGAAUGAUCGUGGCCAUAAAGAAGUCGAUAGAAAUGGACUCGGUGCAAGUGGAGAGUUUCAUCAACGAGGCAACUCUCCAUUACUAUAUCCAUAACCCGAUCGACGAUGAAUUUUCGUUAACUUGGGAUAUGAGGUUGAGGAUUGCCUCGGAGAUUGCGGGAGUCUUAUAUUAUCUCCACUCCGCUGCUUCGAUGCCCGUAUAUCAUCGGGACAUCAAGUCGACGAAUAUAAUGCUUGACGAAAAGUACCAAGCCAAGGUAGCCGACUUUGGGACGUCAAAGUCGGUUUCCAUUGAUCGAACCCAUGUCACCACUAAAGUCCAAGGGACGUUCGGAUACCUCGACCCGGAGUACUUCCAAUCUAGCCAGUUCACAGAUAAGAGCGAUGUGUAUAGCUUCGGGGUGGUCUUAGCCGAGCUUUUGACGGGAAAGAGGCGAAUCACGAUGUUGGAAUGCGAAGAGCACCGAAGUCUCGCAACAUACUUUGUACUAGCAAUGGAGAGGGGUCAAUUGUUCGAGAUUCUUGAUCGACAGGUUAGGGAUCAAGGCUCGGAGGAACAGAUAGCCGGUCUUGCUGAGCUCACACGGAGGUGCCUCAGUUUAAGUGGUAGAAGCAGACCGACAAUGAGAGAAGCCGUGUCGGCAUUAGAGAACAUACUCACAAUGGUGUCGGGUUGUGAUCGACCGAAUCGGGAAGAUUUGUUAGGUGUUGUUGAGAAUGAGAGAACCAAAUCAUUGGUGUAGUCUUGGGAUGAGUAUUCGACGGAAUUGUUUGCUUCGAUUGAGGAAGACAACAUAUCAUCUUCAGACAUCCCUUUGACUACUAGGAGUCAGAACUAAGCGUGUCAUCAAUUAUAAUGUUACUGUAGUUGAGAGGAUAACUUGCUAGAAGUUCUCUAUUUGUUAUGAAGGUUUGCACAAUGUAUUGUGUACGAUACCUUACACCACACAUCCCAGUUUUUGAAUUGUAUUGAAAAAUUUACUUGCACUACGUUCCAGUUUUUGAAUUAUAUAGAUAAAUUUUGUCUGUUUAA